GAUCAGCAGCAAUGCACCAGGAAAACCAUUAAGAAACCUAGCGGAAACUCUGUGUGCACGAGGCUUGAAUCGUCUUGAAGUUGUUGUUCAGUGAAAGCCGAGCAGGAACACGCAGGAACUCCGUGGACAUGGAUGUGCAGAAAUAUUUGAACCGGAUCGGGUCCACGGUCCCGGCUGAGCCCGACCUGGACGCGCUGCGGUCGGUCCACACUCUUCACUUGUUGUCGGUGCCGUUCGAGGACCUGACGGUGCACAGCGGCGGGCGAGUCGAGCUCGAUCUCCCGCUGAUCUACGAGAAGAUCGUGACCCGGCACCGAGGCGGUUUCUGUUACGAGAACAACGGCCUCUUCUAUUGGCUGCUGUCCUCACUGGGCUUCCAGGUGACCAUGCUCUCCGCCCAGGUGAAGGGCCUGAUCACCGGGUACUACGGGCCACCGUUUGACCAUCUCGUCCUCCUGGUGACCCUCCAGGGCCGCCGAUGGUUGUGCGACGUCGGUUUCGGGGCAGCAGGCUUCUCUGUGCCGAUUUCUCUGGAGACCAGCGGGCCCCAGGCGGAGGGCCACAGGGUGUACCGCAUCAGAAAGCAAGGGGAUCUGCACUUUCUGGAAUGGCAAGGAGAGGAGAACAGAGGUGCGGAUGGAGUCUGGAAGGAGAUCUACAAGUUCACCCUUGAUCCCAGGCGCCUGGAGGACUUCACGGACAUGUGCCAGUACCACCAGAGCUCCCCCUGCUCCAUCUUCUUCUGCAAAUCAAUCUGCACCAUUUUGAAACCAGGUGGACGGCUCACCUGCAUGGGCCACAGACUCAUCUCAACCACAUUCCCCACUGAGGGAAAAGGGUUCGAAACCACCACCAGAGAACUUCAAGAUGAGGAGAUAGCCUUCAUUUUGGCACAGGAAUUUGGAAUUGUGCUGAAUUCUCCACUCACACCAAAGGAUGACACAAUAACACCACCCCGGGUCAUGUAUUGAUCGCAUGGGAGAUCUAUGUAUCUUCACAAACAAAUCUUUGAUACAUCUGCUGGAUCCAGACAGAUCAGUCUCUUAGUUAUGCCAGAUUGUUUCUCAUCAAGCCCCAUGAAUGAUUUCCUGGGAAAUAAGAGGAAAAUGAUCUGAAAUUCCUGGAUCCAACCCUUUGUCUGCACCCGUUUCAAAAUUUAAUUGGAAUUUGAUUCUUAAUCUUGUUUAAAAACGAACAAACAAAUGUACAGAUGUGAAAACAACCUACUUGUCAGAGGGAAUUAUGAAAAAUAAAUCUGUUUACUUAUU